AAAGAAUCAUUUCAUGACUGAGAUUUUAUUCAAUAUUAAUAUACGCAACAAAUUUACAAACCAGAGAGCAAAUUUGAUUUUUGAAGCUUUUGCGAAUUCUUAGAUUGGGAAUUGAAGAAACAAAAAUGGCGUCGGAGGAAGGAUUGGAACAGCAAUUGGAAGAAUUGCAGAAACAGCUAGGAAAGAAACAGAAGUUCGAGGAUGCCGUGUCUUCUAUCAAAUCCCUUCUUAAAGAUUUCUACCCCUCUGCUUCCCCUUCUCUUCGCAAAUCAUUCUAUUCUGUUGUUUGUCGAGUAGCCAGGAUUCUAAAGACGAGAUAUACAGCGCCUGGUUUCUGGCUCGCCGGGUUAGGGCUGUUUGAGCAAGCUGAAUGCUUGGUUUCUGAUGCUUCUGAGAAGGAUCAUUUGAGGAGCUGCGUUGCUCAAGCCAAAGAACAUUUGCAUUUGACGGGAAAUCCUCCCGACGUUUCCCCAAGUUCGUCGCGUGGAGGGUAUCUUUUUGAGGGGCAUCUUACCGUGGAUCCUGAGCCUCCGCAGCCUCAAUGGCUGGUGCAAUCAAACCUCUUGAAUUCUAUGGCCUCUCUUGUGGGAGCUGAAUCUUCUGGAGGUCCAGUAGAACCUAAUAACACAGCUGAAAACGCUGCCAAUAUACUUGAAGAGCUCAUAAGCAACCUUGAUACUAUUAUACCUGAGAUUAUGGACAAUGAAUCGAGAGUUCCAAGAGCCCCUCCUGCCAGUAAAGAGGUUGUUGCAAAUCUUCCAGUCAUUACUCUCACAGAGGAAAUCUUGGCCAGGCUAGGACAUGAUGCAGAGUGUGCAAUUUGUAAGGAGAAUUUGGUAGUUGAUGAUAAGAUGCAAGAGUUGCCAUGCAAACACACAUUCCAUCCUCCUUGUCUGAAGCCAUGGCUGGAUGAGCACAAUUCUUGUCCAAUUUGUCGGCAUGAGCUGCGAACUGAUGAUCAUGCAUAUGAGAGCUGGAAAGAGCUGGAGAAGGAAGCCGAAGAAGAGAGGAAAGGUGCUGCCAAUGCUGUACGUGGUGGUGAAUACCUUUAUAUUUAGAUGAAAGCCACAUAGUGGAUUCAUAGUCAACAAUUUGCCAUUAAUGUGUUAUUGUUGUGACUAUGUUCAGUUUUAAAGAUUAUAUUUCAGCUCAAUACUGUUUUGGCACCUCUUUUGUUGUAUAAUUCUUGCAUAUUCUUAUAAUUCUUCCAUAUUUUUAAGUGUUAUGAUUGAGGAAA